AUGGGUUUAGACGACGAAGACCUCGAGCACGCGCACGGCGGGAACGCGCCGGUGUCGGACGUCUUCGCGGCCAUCGUCCUCGCGCUCGGGAUCGGCUUCGCGUGCUGCGGGAAUCGCUACCACGACGCGUUCUUCCAGCACGCGCUCGUGGUGCUCGCGGGCUUCUUCGUCGCUCUGAUCAUCGCGAAUCUCUUCUUCCACGCGCCCGCCGUCUCGGACGACGCGAAGCUCAUCGCGUGCGCGUGCGUCGGCGUCUGCGCGUGGUUCGCGCUGGUGUGGUGCUUCCGCGCGGAGACGCUGCCGAGGGCGUUCGGCGCGAGCGCGGGCGUCGCGAGCGCGGCGCUGAUGUAUAACGUCGCCGCGGAGAUUUGGAAUCUGAGCGAAUAUUUUUUUGUCGUCGCGCUCGCCGCGGGCGGAUACGCCGGAUACCUCCUCGGCACGCUCAACGAAGACAGCCUGCGAAGCUUAAGGUCCGGAGGCGUGACCUCGACCGUGAACAUCGCGACGUACGCCGCGACGGGCGGGUUCUUGAUGAUGUCGAGCGCGAACUACUGGAUGUGGCGCAGCGGGACGUCCGCGCGCGGGGAUCUGUGGGUGUCGAAGAUCACGGACGUGUACGAGCACGGAUUAGAUCUCGGCGCGAGGUCGAACCAUCUGUGUUUCUUCGUUUGGUUGGCGAGCGCGGCGGGCGGCGCGUUCGCGCAGAACACCGUAUGCGCGGGAGACGGGCGUCACGGCGGCGGAAACGCGCGGGGGGGUGGAGAGAGACGGAAGUACAGCGACGGGUCGGGGGACACGUACGCGACGUACUCCAGCAUCGACGUGUGA